UGUUACUCAGCCCCACUUCCUCAAGGGUCUGUGGCAGAGAGGAAUCGGUGGUCCCACGGCGAGAGGCUGCGAGCAAGACUGUGAGGUGCUGUGUCUAGGAUAGAGUGCAGAGCAGAGACUUUGCUGGGCAGAGCAAGCAGCCAAGGUGCCCAUCUGCUCUUCUGCACUUGAGUUGUCUCCUGACCCAUCUGUCUGCUCCUGAAAUGGAGUAUGUCUGGUAUUGGCUCGAUGAUUCCAAGCAGUGGAUUGAGUACGGGAAAGAGCACCCAGAUCACGUCACUGCCACUGUAACAUCUGCAUUUCUGGAGAAGGAAUAUCUAGCUGACAAGAAUGGUGUUAUUUUUUUCAGGGCUGGUUCUCAGAAGUAUAAGUUAGACUUUGCAGACAUGAUCCAAACAAAUCUACUCUUUCAAACUCAAAGAAGUGUUAUUCGACUGCCUAAACAGCCUGAAGGUGGACAAGAUGGAAGCCAAAACACGACUCUCUCGCAUCCAGUCUAUCCUCCACAGUGGGACAAAACUGCUCUACCUGAUAUCGGGUUCAAGUUGAUACAGCUCAGUUAUGAUUCCCAAGAAUAUAGAAAAAUCAAGAGUCUGUUUGAGAAGACAAUGAAAAAUUACUGCAUCAACCAACUGCAGAGGAUCCAGAACCCAACACUUUGGGACAUUUUUCAGUGGCAAAAAGAAAAGAUGAGGAAGCUCCAUCAAUUGAAAGUGGUAAACGAGAGGCUCCUGUUCCAUGGCACAAGUCCAUCCCAUGUGUCUGCCAUCUGUGAGCAGAACUUUGACUGGAGACUCUGUGGGACUCAUGGGACGAUGUAUGGAAAAGGAAGCUACUUUGCCAGAGAUGCCAGCUAUUCCCACGAGUACUGUUCCUCUCAAAGCGGGCGCUACAGAAUGUUCGUAGCUCAGGUUCUUGUUGGAGACUUUGUGCAGGGGAACCCUGAGUACUGCCGCCCUCCACCCAGAGCCAAAAAUUCAAACAGACUUUAUGACAGCUGUGUGGAUGACCCGACAGACCCUUCCAUCUUUGUCAUCUUUGAGAAGCAACAAAUUUACCCUGCCUAUAUCUUGGAGUACAGCACUGAGACCAGCUGUGUGGUCCUGUAAUGAAUGGUGGAAUGUCCUUUGA